AUGGCUGUGCAAAAAGUGAUUUUCCUAAAAGGUGAACCAAAGUCGAUGGUAGAAUAUGUCAAUCCCAUAAUUCAAUUGUUAAAACCAAAACAAGCACAAUUAUUGAAUUUUCGUAUCCUAGAUCAAAAGUCGAAUCAAGUUUCCAGCAUACCUGUCAGUGACUGUCAAUGGGUGGAUGAAAGCUCGACGUCUGGCCGUGGUACAAUUUCGUCUCCAUUAGGAAAAUUCAUCAUUUUAUAUGAUUCUCAAGUACAAAGAUGUAACGAUUUUAUGGCAACUAUCCGUGAAACACUUCUGGAAUCACAUUGUGAUUUAGAAGCUACAUCAACAGUCGAAACCGAUCUUGAGCCUUCGAAAAAUUCGUUUGUUUCGAUGAUAUUGGCAAUUCUUGAUCUAGACACAUCCCAACAGUCAUCAACAAUAGUAGAUGAAUUACUAGAACAUGGUAGACAAAAACUUGCCGAUCAUCGAAACAAAAUUCCGCAACAAGUGUUUGAAACUCAAUUUAACUCUUUAGAUAGUCAACUAUUACAAAUACUGAAAGAGUAUACAUUAAGUCAAUGGCAUUUAUUGUAUAAUAACAAGAACUGGUUUCGUUUAUUUAUUGAAUCACAACGUACUGAAGUACCUGAAAUCUACGAACAGAUCUUGCUACGUCAAGCUGAAUACGGUAAUAAAUAUUUACGAAACUGUACGUAUCUUUCAUUAACAAUACAGUUUCUAUACGAACUAAACGAUGAUAAUAUUGAUGAUUUUGAUGUUAUCUGGAAAGAUUUGACACAAAAUGGGCGACAAGUUCUUGUUAACCACACACAAUACUUAUCUGCUGGAAUGAUACGCGAAGAGAAUUCCGAUCAUAAAACAACUGCAUUAUAUCAAGCUCUUCAUGAAUAUUUUAACAAUCUAUUUGUUCCUUGCUUAAAAGAAAAUAACAUCACUAAUAGAGGAGGCUUUCACGACGAAGCAACGGACACAAUGAUUGAACAUGGAUGGAAUGGGAUUAGUUUACUAGAGAAAUGGAUUAUUCAGCCUAGUUUUCAAGCACUAUCGAAACACGUGGAGAAAAUAAUAAGUCACGAGAAUGAUAGUCUGAAUAGGAUACAUCUAGCGCAAAUUCAACGGAUUCUUCCAUCUAUUCAUCCUAUCCAAUUACAAGAUUUAUUACAAGCCGGUGAGUUUAAGUAUGCCAAUGUAACAUUAAAACAAUUAGUAAAGGACAUUGUCGAUGCAUAUAAAGAAGAAGAAAAUUUUUCAAAGUUGAUCGAAAAUUGCUGCAUACUGAUCAUGUAUUUAUUAAAACGUCAACAGAAUUUAGACACAUUUACCGGUGAAUUGUGUCGUCACUUAUUAAACUUCAAAUCGAAUCAGGAAUCACCUUCUGUUAGUUUACGAAUGUUUAUUCAUAUAUUGCUUCAUAGUGGUGAUAAAUUUCUUCGGCGAAUCAUCAUGUCAUUAUUAUCUAAACGCAAUCCUGUGCCGUUGUUGGAGCCUAAUUUGAACGAUCAUAAACAAAUAGAAUUAAUAUCGGAAAUCAUCCAUGUGUGGGACUAUUCAAGACCAACAAUACUAUCCUUCGGUAUUGGUUCUUCUCAAGGAAAAUCAUCAUUAUUGAAUAAAUUAUUCAUGUGUGAUUUUGAACAAUCGCAACAGCAAAGUAUUUAUUUUCAUCAGUCAAUCGAUGUUGAAUUCGGAUAUAACUCUUUACCAAGACGUUCAUUUAAUAUUGCUGAUGUGCACGGUCAAAUAUCAAUCGAAAAUCUAUCUCGCCUAAUUCCAUUAUUCGAUGGUUUCAUAAUUCAAGUUAAUCAAACAUUUUUUCAACAAAAUACAUCUACUGUUUUGAAAUAUCUUGAUAUCUUGCCUGGUGAGAAAUGGAAAAUAAUUGUCAGUCGUGACGCGCAGAAUAAACAUGUUUCAUAUCCCGUAUCAUCGGUUGUCAAUUAUGUUUUACCAAACAUAAUUGACUCGGGCAAUAGACAAAAUCAGUCGCAUAUCGAAAAUUUGCGAACAGCAGUGUGGCAACAAAUUAGUGACAAGUGUCUCGUCGACACACAACUUGUUGAAGCUAAGCUGCGUCAACUAUGCCAAGUAAAUGAUGAUAUAUCUGACGAUAUUAAUUCCAUGAAACAUUAUUUAAUUCAUUCUUUGAGCCCAGAUGAGUAUACCAAACAGUUCCCGUUGUAUCAACAGUUUGUUAAUAUUUCUACUCUUCGACAAUACAUAGCGAAACUGCAUUUUUAUAAUUCAGCUAGUGACGAAUUAUUCACAAAACAACAAGAACUUUUUCUACUAGAAGCAAAAAUGAAACAAAACAGUGCUCGGUAUGGAGAGAUAUUUGAUACAUUUAUGAAUAUCCUUAAAUCAGACAAUUACAUUAUGCUGCUAGAUCUACUAGGAUUUCAGUUAAAUGCAGUACGAGGUUCAUAUAAAGAAGAAAAAGAGUACGAACGUGCUAAGGUAUUAUCACUCGAAGUUCUGUGGCGAAAUGCUAUUGUUUGUCAAGAGUAUCAUCAAGUGGAUACAGUAAAAUCUCGAAUACGUAUGUGUUAUUACAAUUUUAUUUAUACUGGUUUUCCGUUUGAAAUAAUUGACGGUGAUAAUUUUCAUUUACACAGUUCAUUCCUGUCAGAUGUGUUAACAGGCUUUAAAAUGGAUCGAACAUUAGUGAUUAGUAUCAUUGGACCACAAAACAGCGGUAAAAGUACUCUGUUGAAUUACAUGUUUGGUGCGUUGUUUGAUGUAAGAGAAGGACGUUGUACGCGUGGAGUUUAUGGAUCAUUCAUUAAAUUAAGUACACCGGAUUAUGAUGCUGUUCUCUUAAUUGAUACUGAAGGUUUAUUAGGCAUACAAAAAGAUGAUAAAGAAUAUGACCGUCAACUUGUUCUGUUUUGUCUGGCUGUAUCACACGUUGUUAUUGUUAAUAUGAUUGGCGAAUUAACUGGAACAUUAAAAGACAUGUUAACGUUAUGUGCUGAUUCCCUGAAGCAAUUGGGCGUUAAUAAAGUUCCACAACCGAUUCUCCAUUUUGUUAUUAAUCAAAAGGCCGAUCUCGAUAUGAAACAUCAUACAAUAGCUAUAGAAAAAAUAAUAGCUGAUAUUGAAAAUUUAGAUCUUGGAGAAAUAGUUAAUAUUCGAAAAGAUAUGUUCCAUACGUUGCCAUCAGCAUAUAAAAAAGACUAUCCAUCGAAUGAUACAAAAUUACCCGGUGUCAUUAGAACCGAACUCGAUUUUAUUGAACGUUCGCAAGCACUCUGUGAACAUGUGAUGAGUUCUGCUUGUCAGUCGGCUAAACAGUGUGAUGUGCGGUUCACUAACCCAUGCCAGUGGUUAAGAUUCGCAACGAACGUAUUUGAUACAUUGAAAAAAUUUCCGGACUUGACCUAUUUUAAUGACGUGAGUGAACGGCGGCAAGACAGAGAUAUCCGAGACUACAUCCAAACCCAAAUAAAACAAACAUUUACGACCGAAUGUAAGCAAAGUCUCAUCGAUGAAUCGACGAAUAAGUCCGAACAACAGAUCGAAGAUGAGUUUCAAACCAUCUUUCAAUCCUACAUAGAUAAAUUGAAUUCGAAUUUAGACGCACAAUUGAAAAUCAUAAAAGCUUCUGUGGCAGUUAAAGAUCGGUCGAGAAAUUUUCUGAAAACUCAAAUUUGUGAAACAAAAAUCGCAUGGAAAACAGCCUGUGUUAGAGUGAUUGAUAGACAAAGAAUGGAAUUACUUAUUCAACAAGGUUCUGCUGAACUGAAAGCUCUCAUUGAUGAAAUAAUUAAGGAGGAGCAAGUAUUAACUCCAGAGGCUGCUAAAUUACGAUUUGAUAAUCUUGUUCGGCAUAAAACAGAAGAAAUUAAAGCGAAAUAUGAUCACAACGGAAUCUUUAAACAAUCGAUGAAGUUCGUCUACGGAUAUUACAGCAUAUUUGAAAAAGAGUCGUUGUCAACGUUUCAAGAAAUCAUCCGGUGCGUCGAUGCAAUAAAACUGGGCGCCAAAGGUGCUGAUUUGAGAGAAUGGUUAUGUGAACUCUUUUGUGGUAGAGUUUUCGAACAUGAAACUCUUCUAAAAUCCAAUAGUGAAGACCUGAAUAAAAAUUUUUCUCAUGUAUUCGAAGUAAUGAAAAAUGGGAAUUAUAUGAACAAAACAGCACUGGCUAAUGUUUUUGGAGUAGAAAAAAUGAUGCAGUCAAGUGAAGAAAGAUGUUCGCUACCUGCACAUAAGGACACAUCAACAGCAACACCAUAUAAACAUAAACAAUUAUUACGGCGUCACAAGAUUAAUCAAGUUGCUCCAGAACCGGUUGUACUGGAUCGCAGUACCGCUUCUUCUGCAUCGCUAGAACCGACUGAAUCAUGGUUGAUUGUUGAACUGAAUAAAAAAAAUAUAAAUUUGUUAAAAAAUGUACGAGACAAGUUAUUGGAAAGUGGUAACUGUAUUUCGGAAGAUGAUAUUCUUCCGAUCCCAAAAAUAUUUAAAGGUCUUCUUGAAGCUCUAACACAGUUGGUCAAAUCAGACGAUAAACCAUCGACAGUAGAUAUAGAUCUUAUUCAAAAAAUAGUAAGCUCUGUUAACACAAUAUUUCAUGGCAUUAAUUGUGAAUUGGAACCGCUCGGUUUAUGUCUGUCCAAGCCAGUCAAAUCGUUAUUUCAUGAACAUGUUAUCAUAUUUUUGGCGAAAAUUUAUUACGACGAACAGAUGAAUCAUUUCGAGAGCCUGUUAAUAACAUUAGCUAAAGAAAGAAAAAAUCUUGAAAUGUUUUUUAUACGAAUGGUUGUUCCUAACACUUCGCUCGAUUGUGAGUUUGCUGAAAACUUGAACAACGAACUUCUAAAAGCUUUGAUAAAAAUAUUUGAUAAAAAAGGCGAAAAAGCUAUUAAUGAUGCCAUUCAAAUAAAUAGCGGUUUAUUUAAUCGUGGAAAAAUCCAAAACUUGUGUGAUAUUGAGUUAAUAAAUAAAGAUAAUGACUGGAUUUUUAAUUACAUAACAGAUCCUGACAAAAUAAUAAAAGAUCGAUUCACACAGCUAUGGAGAACUAUUGUAUCAGGCGUAGAUACACAGCUGCAACUGAUUAGAAGCGAACUUCUGAAUACUUUAAACGAGUAUUUUGACCGCUUACAACAACUGUCUGUGGCUUUGCAAACAUGUGGGCCGCCAGCGCAUUUUAUUAAUGAAAGUUUCCAGUUUAUUGGUGGUGGUGAGAGCAAUGUUAAUGACAACUUUAAGAACAAAGGACUUUGUAUGACAUUUUUGCUCUAUACAUAUUUUAGUAAUAGCAUUAACGGAGCUACUGGGUUUACACAUGAAACAAGCAAUAAAAACUAUAUGUUGAAGGAAAAUGUCUUUAAGAUAUUCCAGGAGCAAAUGUUUAAACCUAGUGUACAACUCAUUGAUUUGACAGAACAAAUGAAAAACAUCUAUCUUGUCUGUUCAAUUGACAACCCAUUGGUAUUUCUCAACUCUGUCAUUGCCAAAAGAGAUGAUACCAGAAACACAUUUUCUCAACUUCAGUCACAAUUUAUUGAUGAUUUAAAAACAAGCUCAUAUAUAACAUUGCUGGAUAAAAUAUGCGGGUGCUUUAAUCGAUGUCCAUGUUGUGGUAGACCUUGUGAUGCUGAUCAUACAAGUGUACGGGCUGAGGUCGGAUCAGAAUAUAAUAAACACGUUUGUAGAACCGGACAUCAAUUUCGCGGAAUGGCUGGUUAUAAAUUUGAAAUAACUGAUGAAGCAUCGCUGCUAAUGUGUGAAGAUAUGAAAGACAGUCAACUUUUAAUUAUUAAUGGAAUCAAGAAAACAUGGUCAGAAUUUAAAACUGAGAAUCACGAGUGGGAUUUUGAUACAAUGAUUUUAAACAAUGAUGCGCUAAUGACAUUACGCGGUAAAUAUUCAACUAUUUGGGAGAAAGUAGGACAACAACUAUGUGAGAAAUACCAUAUACUGUACGUUACAAAUAAUAGACGGCCGUCAGCAUUCCAUUAUAUACUACUUUUGGAUGGUUCCGCAUCAAUGAAGGGAAAACCAUGGUCAGAUCUAAUCGAUGGUAUCAAAUCAUUCAUAAAUUUACGUAAAGAAAUUAACCAACAAGAUCGUAUAACAAUCAUUGUAUUCUCGGAUGUAGCACAAACUACUUAUUCAUAUGAAGAAAUGAAAAAUGUUGAUAUUUCACAAAUUAAACAUAUCGGAGGAGGUACAAACUUUGGUUUAGCUUUUGAAACUGUUAUCAGCACAAUGGCCGCUAUAACCAUGAGAGGGAGAGGAAAUUUCCAGAAUCAAAAAACUAUUAUUAUAUUUAUGAGUGAUGGUGAAGGUAGUUAUCCUAAAUGGCCACUAGAAACAUUAGCAACACAAUACCGGGAGGACAUAGAAAAAUUUUGGACAGUCUUUCUCUAUUCUGACAGUCAAAAUCAAUGGAAAGAUCGUCCAAUAUUACCCUCGUCUCUCGGCAAUUUAGCAUUGCCCCCCACUCAACACGAUAUCUCUCCUUAUCAUAAUGUAUUGUCACGAAUCAACAAAAAAAUGAACGGUGAAUUUAAAAACAUCAAACAUUCAACAUACUUAGUUCAAGCUUAUGCUGAAAUUGCUCAAGCAUAA